AGCGCCCGCUCAGGCCGGUUGUGACAUAGCCCUAAAAACUUAAAGAGGAAUUUCUGCCGCGGGAGGGAAGAGCGAAGCGCUUCGGCUCCGAGGACAGGCAUCCCCGAAGCACCCCCCCCACAAGGCUCUCUUGGCUCUCCCGGGGCCAAGGGGUGCCCCCCACACUCCGGUUUGGACCGGACCCUCUCCACCUCCCCGAAUCCCCCCCCCUUCCCUUCCCCUUUCCCCCUUACCAUGGCAGCUCUGCCCGGGACGGUGCCUCGGAUGAUGCGCCCGGCUCCGGGGCAAAACUACCCUCGCACAGGCUUCCCCUUGGAAGUUUCCACUCCGCUGGGCCAGGGCAGGGUGAACCAGCUCGGAGGGGUGUUCAUCAACGGUCGACCACUUCCCAAUCAUAUCCGGCAUAAAAUCGUGGAAAUGGCUCAUCACGGGAUCCGACCCUGCGUGAUUUCCCGACAGUUGAGGGUCUCCCAUGGUUGUGUCUCCAAAAUCCUCUGUAGGUACCAGGAAACCGGUUCCAUCCGUCCCGGAGCCAUCGGAGGCAGCAAACCCAGGCAGGUUGCGACUCCCGACGUGGAGAAGAAAAUCGAGGAAUACAAACGGGAAAACCCCGGGAUGUUUAGCUGGGAGAUCCGGGACAGGCUCCUGAAGGAUGGGCACUGUGACCGCAGCACUGUGCCCUCAGUGAGUUCGAUUAGCCGUGUGCUACGCAUCAAAUUCGGGAAGAAAGAGGAAGAGGAGGACUGUGACAAGAAGGAGGAAGAUGGGGAGAAGAAGGCCAAGCACAGCAUAGACGGCAUCCUGGGCGACAAAGGUAACAGACUGGACGAAGGCUCCGACGUGGAAUCCGAACCAGACCUGCCCUUGAAGCGCAAGCAGCGCCGCAGCCGAACCACUUUCACAGCUGAGCAGCUGGAGGAGCUGGAGAAGGCCUUUGAGAGAACCCACUACCCAGACAUCUACACACGAGAGGAGCUGGCUCAGAGAACCAAGCUCACAGAGGCCCGAGUUCAGGUGUGGUUCAGCAAUCGAAGGGCGAGAUGGCGCAAACAGGCAGGAGCCAACCAGCUUGCAGCUUUCAACCACCUGCUCCCAGGGGGCUUCCCACCCACAGGAAUGCCAACUCUCCCCCCAUACCAGCUGCCAGACUCCACCUACCCAACGACCACCAUUUCCCAAGAUGGGGGAAGCACUGUCCACAGACCCCAGCCCCUGCCACCAUCCACCAUGCACCAGGGAGGUCUUGCUGCAGCCGCUGCCGCCGCCGAUACUGGCUCUGCCUAUGGGGCCCGGCACAGCUUCUCCAGCUACUCAGACAGUUUCAUGAAUGCUGCAGCUCCUGCCAACCACAUGAAUCCUGUCAGCAAUGGCCUCUCUCCACAGAAGCAGGGUGCCCAAAACAAGAUGCAGUGCUCCAGGUGGAACCUCACCAUAGCCUUGAACAAUCAGGUGAUGAGCAUCCUGAGCAACCCCAGUGGGGUUCCUCCACAACCCCAGGCUGACUUCUCCAUCUCUCCCCUUCAUGGUGGCUUGGACACCACCAAUUCCAUCUCUGCCAGCUGCAGCCAGCGAAGCGACUCCAUCAAAUCCGUGGACAGCCUCCCAACUUCCCAGUCCUACUGUCCUCCCACCUACAGCACCACCAGUUACAGUGUGGACCCAGUGGCUGGCUACCAGUAUGGACAGUACGGACAAACCGCUGUUGAUUAUUUGGCCAAGAAUGUGAGUCUGUCUACACAGCGUAGGAUGAAGCUGGGAGAACAUUCAGCUGUUCUGGGCCUCCUACCAGUAGAGACAGGCCAAGCUUACUGA